CAAUAUUUAAUUUCGAUGUUUCCAUUUCAAGAAAUUUACUGUCAAAGUAGGGUAUCUAAAAUCAAUCAUCGACCCAUGGCGCUGUGCCUCAAGCAAACCUGUUUAAUUCAAAUCAAAAGUUUGAUGCAGGCUGUCUGCCAAAGGUUUCUGUAUACCAGCGCAUCUAAAAAGUUGUACUUGAAUGGGCUGAAGCAAUGGAGAGACACGUGUUAUAAGCACAGCUUCUGUAACAGACAGCACAGAGCUUGUGUUAAUCAGUUCAAACAUGUUCACAGUUCAGUGAAAACUGAAUCCCUAGUGGAUGAACAGAACGCUCCAGAAAAUAAACAAUCAAAAAAGGAAGUCGAACAUGUACCAGUAAUGGUGACCGAGGUCUUGGAACUAUUGCAACUGAAAGAGGGCCAGCUGAUAGUUGACAUGACUUUUGGAGGAGGUGGGCAUGCUAAGGAGAUUCUGAAACACACUCCAAAUAUUAAUUAUGUGGCUUCAGACCGAGAUUCCUUUGCUUAUAACAAGGCAGUUGAGUUAGCAGCAUCACUGAAUUGUGGAAAGAUGUGGCCUGUACUUGGCCGUUUCUCGGAGAUCUCAACAAAUUUAGACAAUCUGGGAAUACAGCCGGGUCAAGUGGAUGCAUUUCUAUUUGAUCUUGGAACCUCAUCUUUUCAAUUUGACUUUCCACAUCGAGGAUUCUCCCUGAGUAAAAAUGGACCACUGGACAUGAGAAUGGAUGGAAAUAGAUUCCCAGAUCAGCCAACAGCGGCUGACGUGGUCAACACUCUAGAUGUCGCAGACAUUGAGCACAUACUGCAUAAGUACGGAGAGGAAAAGAAAAGCAAACUCAUCGCCCAUGCCAUCGUUGAAGCCAGAUAUGCUUACGGCAAGUUCACACACACGAAACAGCUGGCAGAGGUUGUACAAAAUGUUUUUAACAGUGAUGUGUUUCGUCAAGAUAAAUUGUCCAGACCUGCCCACCUGGCAACGAAAACAUUUCAAGCCCUUCGAAUAUUUGUGAAUGACGAGCUAAAUGAAAUCAACAAUGGUCUUCACAUUGCCAGGCAUUACUUGAAAAGCAACGGACGCUGCGUGGUGAUUUCCUUUCAUUCGUUAGAAGACAGAAUUGUGAAAAGACAUUUCCAUGACAUUGACAUGGAUCAAGAAUCCAACAUCACGCUUCACCACCACUUCCGUAACACCAACUUGACCUUUGACAUGGAUGUUGUGAAAAAUGACUAUUUGAAGAAGUUGUGGGAGCCAGUCUCAAGGAAAGUUCUAGAGCCAACGGAAGAAGAGAUUCAAAGCAAUGCCAGAUCUAGAUCCGCUAAACUACGAGCUGCCAUUAAAUUAUGAAAACUUUAAAAACUUUGUAUAUUCUGUGAGUGUAUGUCUUAUUCAGAUUUAUGUAGAGUUUGGUUAAUAAAUUGCAUUCUCACCCAAAUUGAGUGAUCUGUAAUAAUUUUGUACUGAAUACCAAUUUGAAAAAAAAAAUAUUAUUACAAUGGCUGAAAUAUAUAUGGCUCCUUCUGUCUCGGAAGACAAUGGUUGCACCCAUAUUAGUCACUGGUUUUGGUUUUGUCUUGAGACGGG